UAAAUAACACAAAUCAGAAAAAAAAAUGAGAGUAAUUUCCCUCUUUUUUUUAAUUGUCCCUCUCGUUAUUUCCUCUAAAAUUGACCAGGAAUAUUCCCCACUCGACUCUCCCCCUCCGGAGCCAAAAUCCCGAUUCGCUAUGCUGGAUGACGUAAAAAUCUUAGCCAAUGGCCUCCUUCAGUUAGGGCACGGUCUUAAAGACUUUGUUCACAAGACGAAGACUCAGAUUAAUGACAUAUUUCAAAAACUUAACAUAUUCGAUAAGUCCUUUUAUGAUCUCUCGCUACAAACCAAUGAGAUCAAAGAAGAAGAAAGGGAGCUCCGGAAAACGACAUCACAUCUUCAAGCCAAAAAUGAAGAAAUGAAAAAUUUAUCCCUCGAAUUGAAUUCAAAGCUUGAAGAUCUCUUAGAAGAAAAGAUGCAACUCCAACAAAAAGUGAGAACAUUAGAAGAGAAACUAAUCACAUUAAUUCACAGCCAACCCGAAGGCCAGGAACAUCAGGAAGUGACCAUCCUUAAGACUUUUGUAGAGCAGCAAGAUCACAGCAUUAAAGAGCUUUUCCAAACAGUUCAAGAACAGUACCAGCAACUGACCAGGCAGCACGGCCAGAUAAAAGAGAUGGAAAACCAGCUCAGAAAGACGGGUUUCCAAGAAGCCCCGGACAACUCCCUCUCUACAAAGCAGAGAGCGCCAAGGACCAUUCCUUCUCUGCAAACCAAUGGAACGAGGACCUUGGAGCACAGCGAGGAGCUGGACGCGCCGGCCAGCUGCGCGGCCCUGUACGAGGGAGGCCAGCGCUCCAGUGGCGUAUACACCAUCCGGCCGGGCCACUCCGAAGGCUUCCAAGUCUACUGUGAAGUGAAAUCGGGCAGUUCAUGGACAGUAAUUCAACACCGCAUGGACGGAUCACAAAAUUUCAAUGAAAGCUGGGAGAACUAUCAACAUGGUUUUGGGAGUCUUGAUGGAGAAUUUUGGUUGGGCCUAGAGAAGAUCUACUCCAUAGUUAAGCAAUCCGAUUAUAUUUUACGAAUCGAGCUGGAAGACUGGAAAGACAAUAAGCGUUACAUUGAGUAUUCAUUCAGCCUGGGAAGUAAAGAGACAGACUACACUCUGCACCUGUCUGAAAUCUUAGGAAACAUCCCCAAUGCGAUCCCUGAACACAAAGAUCUUGUUUUUUCGACUUGGGAUCAUAAUGCAAAGGAUUAUUUGACCUGCCCGGAGAGCUACUCAGGUGGCUGGUGGCGGCACAACGUAUGCGGAGAAACCAACCUGAACGGCAAGUACAACAAGGCCCGGGCCAAGGGCAAGCCGGAGCGGAGGAGAGGCCUGUACUGGAAGUCUCACAACAGGCUCUAUUCCCUCAAGACCACCAAAAUGUUAAUCCACCCAACAGACUUAGAAAGUUUUGAGUGAACUCAGGCAAGUUUCCCAAAACCAAUAAACUGAACAUUAAACUCAA